AAUCCUUUCUUCUUCCUUCUACCUUUUAUAUUUCUUUAUUUGUUUAUAGUUUUUGCUAAUGACCAUUCUUCAUCUAGUGGGAUAUUGCGCAAUAGCCUUGGCAUUUUGCUUUUUUGUUCUAAGCUUAGCAUGUGGACUUUAUUACCUGGCAGAAUUGGUUGAAGAAUACACUGUCUAUACUAAAAAGGUCAUCAAGGCAAUGACGGUGGCUGUUGCUGCUGUUCAUGUCUUGUUGCUAUUCGAUCGUCUUCCUUUUCUCCAAAUCGCUUUCUCAUUGUUUUGUCAUGGAGUCUACAGCAUGAAUCUCAAGACAUUUCCUUUUAUCAACCUGACUAGUUUACCUUUUCUUAGCAGCUGUGUGCUUGUAUUUGUGGAUCAUUUUGUGUGGUUCAGAUACUUCACUAAACACUAUAGACCUUUUAUGGACAUUGCUGCUUUCUUUGGUAUCUGCGUCUGGCUCAUACCUUUUACUUACUUUAUCAGCCUAAGUGCAAAUGACAAUUCUCUUCCAAUGUCUGAUCCUACUGCAGGUGAUUUUGCACCAUCCCAGAACAAGAAGGGAUUACUCAAAACACUUCUUCGAUUCGUGGGUAUCAAAGGACAAGAACCAGUCUUUCCUACAACCCAAACGUUCGAACCUUCUUCUGCUUCUUCUUACACUCCUGGACCUAGUGUAGGUAUGGCAUCUGCUGUACGUUCUCAUUACAUACCCAAUAUGCAGAACAGAAAGGCACUUUAAAUAUAUAUAACUGUAAAAAUAUAAAGUAAAAAAACCAAAUAAAUUCCAUUUUUUUAGAAAGAAAAAAACUAAUGAUAACAAUAAUAAUAAUUUUCAUAAAAAGAAGUAUGUGAUAAUUAUGCUUUGUACAAGUUUAUUCUAGUAAAAUAUGAAAAUGUGGUGAUGUC